GGCGAGCAGAACUACGGCGAACGGGAAUCCUGUUCUGUUUCCAGAAGUGGAAGUGCUCAUGGAUCGGGGAAAUCUGCACGGCAUACCCCUGCAAGGUCUCGCUCCAAGGAAGAUUCAAGGCGUUUUAGAUCAAAGUCAAGGUCCAGAUCUAAAUCCAGGUCUAGAUCCAGAAGAAGUUCUAGAAGGCAUUUUACCAGGUCAUGAUCUCGACCCCGCUCCCAUAGACGAUCCCGGAGCAGGUUUUACAGCCGAGAUUAUCGUAGAUGGCACGCCACACCCAUUCUCCCAUGUCUACUCGAAGGUGUCAUGUUGGGAACUGGGCAAAUCCUGACCCCAACUGUUGUCUUGGAGUAUUUGGAUUGAGCUUGUACACCAUGGAAAGAGACCUAAGAGAAGUGUUCUCUAAAUAUGGCCCCAUUGUUGAUGUGUCUAUUGUGUAUGACCAACAGUCUAGACGUUCAAGAGGAUUUGCCUUUGUAUAUUUUGAAAAUGUAGAUGAUGCCAAGGAAGCUAAAGAACGUGCCAAUGGAAUGGAGCUUGAUGGACGCCGAAUUAGGGUCGAUUUCUCUAUAAUAAAAUGGCCCCAUACCCCAACACCAGGAAUUUACAUGGGGAGACCCACUUAUGGCAGCUCACGCCACCGAGAUUAUUAUGAGAGAGGAUAUGAUCGGGGUUAUGAUGAUCAGGACUAUUACGGCAGAUCAUACAGAGGAGAUGGUGGAGGAGGUGGUGGAUGGAGAGGAACUCAAGACAGGGAUCAGAUUUACAGAAGGCUGUCACCUUCUCCUUACUACAGUCGUGGAGGAUACAGAUCUCGGUCCAGAUCGCGAUCAUACUCACCUUGUCGCUAUUAAAGCAUGAAGUUGAAGACUUUCUGAAAGCUGCCAUAGAGCUGGGAUAUUGUUUGUGGACAAUAUUUUCUAUUGUCUCCUGUUUAAAAAGUGAACAGUGCCUAGUGAGGUUAGGUGACUUUUACACUUUUAUGAUGACUACUUUUGGUGGAGUUGACAUGCUGUUUUCAUUCUGCGUUUGUGUAGUUCGGUGCUUUGUUCAAAGUUAAGUCUUUUCAGAAAAGUAAGUUUUGAAUGUAUUUUUUUACAGUCCAAAUUUUGAUUGCUGAGAAGUUUCUAUUGUACAAAACUUCAUUUAAAAGGUUUUUCUACUGAAUCCAGGGUAUUCUGAAGAUUGAAGCCCAUGUGUAAAAUGCUAUCAA